GUCUCCAUUAUACUUUUCCAAAUAAAUAAAACAACACACUUUCAAAUUCUGCCAUUCAUCCUCUCUUUGAGAUACAAACAAGUAGACAACUACCAACUUAAUUAGAGAUGGUGAACACUAUAGCAAUCUACACGCCAUUAUUGCAUGGCCUGCUAAAGCUAGCCGGUAUGAAACCUCAAGCAGUAGAGCUCGAGCCAGGCACAACCGUCCACUUCUGGAUCCCAACCAAACCCACCAACAAACCAGUUGUGGUGCUUCUACAUGGUUUCGGACUAAACGGAAUUCUCACAUGGCAGUUUCAGAUUCUAUCUUUGGCAAGAGAAUACGCGAUUUACGUCCCGGAUUUCCUUUUCUUCGGAGAAUCUAUCACCGAUAAACCCAACAGAUCACCAGCGUUCCAAGCCGAGUGUAUAGCCAUGAGUUUAAGGAAACUUGGAGUGGAGAAGUGCAGUUUGGUAGGGUUGAGCUAUGGAGGAAUGGUUGGGUUCGUUAUGGCUGCCAUGUACCCUGAUUUAGUCAAGUCAAUGGUUGUGUCGGGCUCGGUUUUGGCUUUGACUGAGUCCAUUACUUCUACUGGUUUACAAAGAAUUGGAUUCUCUUCUUGGAAUGAAUAUUUGUUGCCUGAAACAGUGGAGGGUGUGAAAAAUAUGUUGGAGAUUGCUUCCUAUAAGCUUCCUUGGAUGCCAAGCUUUGUUUUUCGACAUAUUUUGGAGGUGAUGUUUGACAAUAGGAAGGAAAGAAAUGAACUUCUAGACACAUUGAUAACAAAGGACAAGGACUUUACCAUUGCUCACUUCUCACAAUCACAGAAUAUCCAUCUUUUAUGGGGAGAAAAUGACAGAAUUUUCAACUUAGAAGUAGCUCAAAACUUGCGAGAGCAACUUGAAGGAAAGGCACCUUUGCAUUGCAUAAAAAAGGCAGGUCAUCUUGUUCCAAUGGAAAGACCAUGUUUUUAUAAUAGCCAACUCAAGAAAAUUCUUGCCACUAUUUAUCAUUAAUUAGUAGUGAAAAACUUGUUGAUUUAAUUACAAUUGCCCAACUCAAAAACUAUUACUCCCUCCAUUUUUAUUUAG